UGCAACGCUACCUGCACCAUUCACAGAGAAGAGCACAUAUCGAUAGUAAAGAGUAAGAUAUCAUCAGAAAAUGGCAUUCGCUCAUUUUGUUCUUAUUCAUACCAUAUGCCACGGUGCAUGGAUUUGGCACAAGCUCAAACCCCUCCUUGAGGCACUUGGCCACAAGGUUACUGCACUGGACCUUGCAGCAAGCGGCGUUGACCCAAGGCAAAUUGAGGAGAUUGGCUCAUUUGAUGAGUAUUCUGAACCCUUGUUGACGUUCUUGGAGGCACUCCCUCCAGGGGAAAAGGUGAUUCUGGUUGGCGAGAGCUGUGGAGGACUCAAUAUAGCAAUUGCUGCUGAUAAAUACUGUGAAAAGAUUGCAGCUGCUGUUUUCCACAAUUCAGUAUUGCCAGACACCGAGCACUGCCCAUCUUACGUCGUGGAUAAGCUCAUGGAGGUGUUUCCCGACUGGAAAGACACCACGUAUUUUACGUACACUAAAGAUGGCAAGGAGAUAACUGGAUUGAAACUGGGCUUCACGCUUCUGAGGGAAAAUUUAUAUACCCUUUGCGGUCCUGAGGAAUAUGAACUGGCGAAGAUGUUGACAAGGAAGGGAUCAUUAUUUCAAAAUAUUUUAGCUAAGCGACCAUUCUUCACUAAAGAAGGUUACGGAUCGAUUAAGAAAAUUUAUGUGUGGACCGACCAAGACGAAAUAUUUUUACCUGAAUUUCAACUCUGGCAAAUAGAAAACUAUAAACCAGACAAGGUUUAUAAGGUCGAAGGUGGAGAUCAUAAAUUGCAGCUUACAAAGACUAGGGAGAUCGCUGAAAUUCUCCAAGAGGUGGCUGAUACCUAUAAUUGACUUCUUUGAGGCUUUUUGUUACUAUUAAGUAUGGGAGCAACUAUGAGUUAAUAAUCUCACAUUUUCAAGUGGGAAUUAAGUUGUGCUAAAAUAAAGUUGUUUAUUGUGUUGUAAUUUUUUUUUUCAUUUGAAGUGGGACAGUCUCGCACGCUUUCGAGACUCUUUAUUUAUAUAUAUAAUGUAAGUGUGUAUUUAAGGGAAAGCUAUCCCUAUUGUGUAGCUUAUCAUGCUUUUCUUUGAAUCAAAUAAAUAAAACUUAUUUAAUGUUUGCUAGCAA